AUGAUUACAAACGCGGUUUUGGUAAUCUGAACUGUGAGUUUUGGCUCGGUUUGGACAGGAUUCAUUGCUGUAAGUGGUGGUUACAAGCUUCGAGUGGACUUGGAAGAUCAUCAUCAGGAAAAAACUGCGCAUGCGUUUGCAGAGUACAACUCAUUUGUUCUGGCAAGUAAGGGAGCCAAAUACAAGCUGAGUUUGGGAAGUUAUUCAGGUAAACUAAGUUCGCUUAAAACAUUUUUUGCCAUAAAAAUCGUUUGAUACUGAACAAGACACCCUUAAAGUGUUAACUCAAGGUUGCUUGGAGAUUAGAUAAGAAAUGAGGAGGAGAUAAAUCAAAUCUUAAGGAGCCAGUGUGCAGACAUAUGUUACACAGUAAAUACUGACUGCCUUAUGGUAAAUAGAAUAGUCAGACUAAACUUAAGCUGUAAAAAGAUUAUAGUUCAAUCGUUACAGUUCAUAAAUCUAAAGUGCAAAUUUCCAAUGAUGUAUAGGCAAUAAUGCUGUAAUUUCAAGCAAUCUUCCACAAUUAAAGGCAAUACCACAAGGCAAAGAUCGAGACCUUGCCAAUUUACGACAUCAAGGAAACAUCAAUGAAGACGACGUCAGUAUGAUAGAAAAAUACACAUUUCUUAUACUAGCCGAGAACUUCAAAAAUAAAUAGUUUAAGAUUUUGAGUGGUACUUUCUUAUUGUCAGUACAACUCAAAAUCGUCGAUAAAGCGGCUUCCAAAUGGCUCUAAAAGGAAAGAAACAGUAAAAAAAGACAACAAAAACACACGGUGAGUCAUUUAUAUUUCUAUUUUUGUCAAAAAAGGGAAUUUAGGACGUAUUUUGUUUAUUUUCAUACUUUCUCGUACAAAUUUAAAGUCUAACGAACUUCCACGGAGUCUGGGCCGCCUGUACCCUUAUAAAGACAUCCAUGACACGUACAUACGUAACGUCAGACGAAAAAAAAAGGACUUUAUUUGAGUGUCAAUGUAUUUAGCACGAAAGUCCUAAUUGGGGACACUAUUUUUACGUCUCCUAUUAGAGAAGGGACCGCCAUCUUUAAUUCAUGGUCAUCCGAGCCACGCGAAGGUCUAGCCGCUUGGUAGUGCAAAGGAAGUACCUUCGUUUCUCAGUUAGUUUAAGACUGAGUAUUGGCCGGCCCUGGGAAUAGAACCCGCGACCUCCCGCUCUGCAGUUACACGCUCUACCGACUGAGCUAACACUGCCGCGGUCAAGAUCCAAUAAUUGAGUCAAUAUUCUGAGAAAAGUAAUGCCUCAAUACAUCACGAAACAGGAUUCCCUCCGCUAUAAAUUUUUCACUUCCUACUACGGGUGUAUGAAUACACGAAAAUCAAGGGCCUUGAUUCGGGGAAAAUUACAUCAUUCCCAAAAAGCCCGAACGUGAUCAACUACGCGCAUCACGUCAUAAACCACAUGCUCAUCACGAGUCUCAUUUGUAUACAGUGAAAGUCGUCAUGAUUCUUAUUCCCCGUUUCCACGGUCGCUGCUAGGAACGCCUGAGAGCCCAACGUCCCUUUUGUGUCCUAAAUACGAAGAAGAAAAACGGCUUGCAGACUAUGACUUAGUGCUAGGCAACCUCGAGUAGUAAGAACUUCACUAUUAACGAUCAUUAACUACCUUCCUACCUCUUCCCUAAUUCACGUUAACACUAUAGCUUCUCAAUCUUUCCCAGAAUCCUCUUCUUUCAAUUUAGCACACCCCCGUUAUACAACUGAAUGAGUUCGAAGUUUAAUUUCCAAAUAACUGACUGCUGAUUUUGAAAGUUUGAAAUUCUGUAGUGGAGAUAAAAUGUUCCUGGAAAUCUAGAUUCCCAACAAAUGGUUUAUUGCGUCUAAUGUUAGAGCAAAGACCAGAAGUAAUCAAUGGCUAGAAAGUUGGGGCGAACAUGUACGUUAAUUACUUUAAAGGUGGGAUUGAUUCUGAGAGCCGCCAUGAAAAAGCCCUAUUCGUGCUAAUACCAAGAGAAGGAACCACGGCGGAUCAUAGCCAACGUGGUAAUUGAACUGAACAACACAGUAAACAAGGUUCCUUUAGAAUCCCACUUUUUAUUCAAGAUUGCUUAGAUCUCAAGUAGCCUGCGAACGGUGACGGGAUCGAGGAGAGACGACUGUAUUCGUAUAUAGCAAAGCUCAAAGUGAAAUGCACAGUCAUGGCUUCACGAACUCUUAUGGCUCUUAUUAUUCAAUCGGUUAUUCAUGACCAGAGAUGCAAUAGUGAAUCUUGAAAAAAGUUAGUUUAAAGCUUCUUGAAGCUUUAUGAUUACAAAAACAUGCAUUCUUUCUAAAUCAUAUCAAAUGUCCGAUUGUUCAAAGGUAAAAAAAUAAUUCCAGAUAAAACUGUUAACACGGGAAGGUAAAUUACAAACAUGUAACGCAAGUCAUGACAUUAAUACCAUAACUAUCAUUAACUUUGGCGUAUAAAUUUAUUUAUCACCUGUAUUCUACCACAGCAGGGCAUACUAAACCUUGAAAGGUGGUACGAAUGACUGAUCAUUU